ACUGCAUCGCCCUCCCAUCACGAUGAUGUUAUACAGUCCCAUCCCGUCCUCCGUGCAUCCCUGCAGCCCUCUGGAGGAGCGAACCCCCUCUCCGCCUGCUCCUCAUCAACCGUGACGUCAGGGCGGUGAGGCACGGGGGAGUUGUCCUCGCGCCGGAGCCCGGUGGAUGCUGCUGAAACAAGAUGGCUGUGCGCGCAGGAGGAGCAGCGGCGGAGCGCUGAGGCAAUGCAGAGGAGGAAGCAGAGGGGGGGCGAGGAAUCUACUCCUGUCUGUCCUGUCCGGUCUUCAAAGGAGCAACAGUCCCGCAGAAGGACAGACGAGUCUCUCUGAGAUGGUGUCAGUUUGUUACUGCCGUUACCGGUCAGGGUAACGGGUUUCUGUCGCUUUGAGUUUUUCCUGUGGCCAAGACUCUAUAAAGAGGACUGACUAAACAAACCGCGGAGCACUAAGUAAAGGACAGCCGGGGACGCUCACGCCGCUUUCAGAGAUGUCCCUGCUGUGUGUGGGAGUGAAGAAAGCCAAGCUGGAUGGACCCCAAGAAAAGUUUAACACUUAUGUGACUCUAAAAGUGCAAAAUGUGAAGAGCACAACCAUCGCUGUCAGGGGCAACCUGCCCUGCUGGGAGCAGGACUUCAUGUUUGAAAUCAACCGGCUGGACCUUGGYCUGACAGUGGAGGUGUGGAACAAAGGGUUAAUCUGGGACACCAUGGUCGGCACCGUGUGGAUUCCCCUUGGUAGUAUCCGACAGUCAAAUGAGGAAGGUCCUGGAGAGUGGCUCACGUUGGACUCUCAAGUCAUCAUGGCUGACAGUGAGAUCUGUGGAACCAAAGAUCCCACUCUGCACCUGGUGCUGCUUGAUACACGCUUUGAACUGCCACUAGAUAUCCCUGAGGAUGAGGCACGCUACUGGGCCAAAAAACUGGAGCAGCUCAAUGCCAUGAGGGACCAAGAUUACUCAUACCARGAGGAACAGGAACGCCCUCUCCGUGUGCCGGGAACCCAGUGUUGUAACUGGAGUCUKUGGGGAGAUCAGCAAAACGAGGACCCAGACAGCGCUGUUGACGACAGGGACAGCGACUACCGCAGUGAAACCAGUAACAGCAUUCCACCUCCGUACUACAGCACGUCCCAACCCAACGCCUCCGUCCACCAGUAUCCCAUCAGUCACCAGCAUCGCAGCUCCAGAAGCUUGUCGUAUCCACGCUCUGGGAACAACCAAGAUCUCGACUACCACCAUCAAAGGACAAUCAGCCCCACCGGAAGCUAUGCGUCUUCUGCAGAGCUCAGCCGGUGCAGCAGCCAGCUGAGUGAAGAAGACUACGGAGGAGAGUACGGGGAGAGGGACCCGUACGACGAGAAUGACUCAUACCACUCCUGCCACUCCUCUGUCAGCUACAGCAAAGGCUCCCCAGACUGGGACCCUGAUGAGACCCAGGGGGCGUACAGUGAUGAGGGCGGCUACAGCAAAGACGGAGGAGAGGAGGUCGCGCUCUACGAGGGAGAUGACGGAGAACUGUAUGAGGGGGAGGAGGAAGGUCUGUAUGAGGAUGAGGAGAUGAUGUAUGAUGACGAGGACUUGUACAACCUGGACGGGACCCUCAGUGAGGACCUUGAGCAGCCGUUCACUCCUACUCCAACGUCAACCGUGCCGCCGAUGCUUGACGUGCCCAAGUCCAGGCCUCCUCUGGAGAAACAGUCCUCUAUACACCAGCAGCCUCCAGGUAAAACGCCCAACCAAACGUCCAAUCAGGCUCAGCCUCCCACAGCACAGCCCCCUGCUGGCCAACAAGCGGCCCAGCCCCCCAAACAACCCCAACCCCAGACACAACCUCAACCCCAAGCAGCCCCGUCCGCCACGUCUUUCUUCUCAAUGGCCAAACCUCUGACAGCUGCAGUCUCAGGCCUGGCUUCUUCGUUCCUGUCGUCGGUUCCCGCUGCCCAGCCUCCGCAGGCCCACCCACCAGCGUCAGCCGUUCCUCAGCAGCACCAAUCUCCUGCAGCAAACUCUGUCCCUCCUUCACACCCGGCCACCCUGGCUAAUUCGGGAUCCCAGCCGCCCUCCACUGCCACAGGUCCUCCAUCCCAGCAGCCCCCACCCUCCGCGGUGCCACAAUCACACGCCAACGAUCCCGCUGCCACACAGCCAGCCAAUCUGGAGGAUGUGGUGCCUCCGAUUGAGGAAGAGUGGUUAGAAAAUGAGAUGAUGGAGGAGAAGGAGGUCAGUACUCCCCCUGCUCAGGAGGAGGAGAAGCUUUCUGCAGAGCAGAAAGAGGAGCAGUAUGAAGAGAGCAGACCACUGACACCUGAAGAGCAACAGGAGGUUCCGCCUGAAAGUCCUCCAGUACCAGAGGARCCAAAGGAGCCAGUGGAUCCAGCAGUCAGAGCCAAGGAGAACUGGCUCAGGCUCUACAACAAGGUCUUAGACCAGCUUCGAGAGGCUCGAGGAGAGACCUCCAGCUCGCUGUGGUUUGGUAAAGGAGGAAUGGGAGGUGCUCUCUAUAGUAUUGACAGCAUGCCUGACCUUCGCAAGAGAAAAGCAAUUCCUCUCGUCAGAGAUCUGGCUAUGUCUCUGGUGCAGAACUCCCGCAAAGCCGGAAUCACCUCGGCCAUGGCUUCAACCACUCUUGGCAACGAGGAGCUGAAGAGCCACGUGUAUAAAAAGACCCUGCAGGCUUUAAUUUACCCCAUCUCCUCCACCACUCCACAUAACUUUGAAGUGUGGACCGCCACCACCCCCACAUACUGCUACGAAUGCGAGGGGCUGCUGUGGGGGAUCGCGCGGCAGGGCAUGCGCUGCUCUGAGUGCGGUGUCAAAUGCCACGAUAAGUGCCAGGAUCUGCUUAAUGCCGACUGUCUGCAGAGAGCCGCGGAAAAGAGCUCCAAGCACGGCGCAGAGGACCGGACGCAGAACAUCAUAAUGGUGCUGAAGGACCGCAUGAAGAUCAGAGAGAGGAACAAACCAGAGAUCUUUGAGCUAAUCCAAGAGGUGUUUGGAUUGGACAAGACGACGCACAGCACGCACAUGAAACAGAUCAAACAGAGUGUGCUCGACGGGACCUCCAAGUGGUCGGCAAAGAUUAGCAUUACAGUGGUUUGUGCCCAAGGUCUUCAGGCUAAAGACAAAACAGGUUCCAGUGACCCUUAUGUAACCGUCCAAGUCGGAAAGACAAAGAAAAGGACCAAAACCAUUUACGGCAACCUGAACCCGGUCUGGGAAGAGAGCUUUCACUUCGAGUGCCACAACUCUUCCGACCGGAUCAAGGUCCGCGUCUGGGACGAAGAUGACGACAUCAAGUCCCGCGUAAAACAGAGAUUCAAACGUGAGAGUGACGACUUCCUGGGUCAGACCAUCAUCGAAGUGCGCACUCUGAGCGGGGAGAUGGACGUUUGGUACAACCUGGAUAAGAGAACAGAUAAGUCUGCCGUGUCGGGGGCCAUCCGGAUGCACAUAAGUGUGGAAAUCAAAGGAGAAGAGACUGUAGCUCCUUACCAUGUCCAGUACACCUGUCUGCACGAGCACUUAUUCCAGUACACCACUGAGGACCAAAACGGAGGUGUAGUAAAGAUCCCAGAAGCCAAAGGCGAUGAUGCCUGGAAGGUGUACUUUGAUGAAACUGCACAGGAGAUCGUGGAUGAGUUUGCCAUGAGAUACGGAGUGGAGUCCAUAUACCAGGCAAUGACCCACUUUGCCUGCUUGUCGUCUAAGUACAUGUGCCCAGGAGUGCCAGCUGUGAUGAGCACCCUCCUCGCCAACAUCAACGCCUACUACGCCCACACCACCCAGUCCUCCAACAAUGUUUCUGCCUCGGACAGAUUCGCUGCAUCAAACUUUGGCAAAGAACGGUUUGUCAAACUGCUGGAUCAGCUUCACAACUCCCUGAGGAUCGACCUGUCCAUGUAUCGGAAUAACUUCCCCGCCAGCAGUCCUGAAAGACUACAAGACCUUAAGUCUACUGUCGACCUGCUGACGAGCAUCACAUUUUUCAGGAUGAAGGUCCAGGAGCUGCAGAGUCCCCCCAGGGCAAGUCAGGUGGUGAAGGACUGUGUAAAAGCCUGUCUCAACUCUACCUACGAGUACAUCUUCAACAACUGCCAUGACCUGUACAACAGGGAAUAUCAGACAGACCCGUCGAAAGCCGUCCCUCCAGACGAACAGGGUCCCAGCAUCAAAAAUCUGGACUUCUGGUCAAAACUCAUCACACUGAUUGUUUCCAUAAUAGAGGAAGAUAAGAACUCAUACACUCCUUGCCUUAAUCAGUUUCCCCAAGAACUCAAUGUGGGUAAGAUCAGUGCUGAAGUCAUGUGGAACAUGUUUGCACAAGAUAUGAAAUACGCCAUGGAAGAGCAUGAGAAGAACCGCCUGUGUAAAAGUGCAGACUACAUGAAUUUGCACUUCAAGGUGAAGUGGCUUUAUAACGAGUACUGCAAAGAGUUGCCCACUUUCCAGAAGCACGUACCCGAAUAUCCAGCCUGGUUCGAGCCGUUUGUCGUCAUGUGGUUGGACGAAAACGAGGAAGUUUCCAGAGAUUUUCUCCAUGGCGCACUGGAGAGAGACAAGAAAGAUGGGUUCCAGGUCACGUCGGAGCACGCUUUGUUCUCCUGUUCAGUGGUGGACGUGUUCUCCCAGCUCAAUCAGAGCUUUGAAAUCAUUCGCAAGUUGGAAUGUCCCGACCCUCAGAUUGUCGGCAACUACAUGAAGAGAUUUGCCAAGACUAUCGGCAACGUCCUGCUUUCUUAUGCGGACAUCAUAGCGAAGGACUUUCCAAAUCAUGUCAAGAAAGAGAAAGUGCCAUGUAUCAUAAUCAAUAACAUCCAGCAGCUUCGGGUUCAGCUGGAGAAGAUGUUUGAAGCCAUGGGAGGGAAAGAUCUCAACCUGGAGGCGAGUGACUUCCUGAAGGAGCUCCAGAACAAACUCAACAGCGUUAUGGACGACCUCAGCCGUAUCUUCGCUGUCAGCUUCCAGCCCCAGAUUGAAGAUAACGUGAGGCAGAUGGGGGACAUCUUAGCCCAGGUGAAAGGUCAGACAGUACCUGCAAAUGGAAGUGUGGUUCAGGAGGCUGACAACGUCCUGCAACCAAUCAUGGAUUUCCUGGACAGCAACUUGUCGCUGUUUGCAAAGAUCUGUGAGAAGACAGUCCUGAAGAGAGUGCUUAAGGAACUGUGGAAACUCGUGAUGAACACGAUGGAAAAAACUAUUGUGCUUCCAACACUUACAGACCAGACGGGAACCCAGAUGAUCUUCAAUGCUGCUAAGGAGUUGGGUCAGCUCUCCAAACUCAAGGAGCACAUGGGCCGGGAGGAGGCCAAAGCUCUGACUCCCAAACAGUGUGCAGUCAUAGAGCUGGCACUAGAUACGAUUAAGCAAUAUUUCCAUGCGGGUGGCGUUGGCCUGAAGAAAACGUUCCUAGAGAAGAGUCCCGAUUUGCAGUCUCUGCGCUACGCCUUGUCCCURUACACGCAGGCCACUGACAAGCUCAUCAGGAAGUUUGUCCUCUCCCAGCAUGCUCAGGUCCAUGGAGGGAAGGGAAUCCGAUAUACUACAAAUGAAGACACCCCACCAGAGAAAGCCUCUGGAGUGGACGCAGUYGGUGAGGUGGUCAUGGGCGUGGACAUUUUACCGCAGCCGAACGGAGAGCACAAGAUCAGUAUCAAAGUGGUGGCUGCCAAUGACCUGAAAUGGAAAGCACAGGGUUUCAGGCCUUUUGUGGAAGUCUACAUUAUUGGGCCUCACCUCAGUGACAAGAAGAGGAAAUUUGCCACCAAGUCCAAGAACAACAGCUGGUCGCCAAAGUUCAACGAGAGCUACCAGUACUCGCUCGGCACCGAAGUGGGUCCGGAGAGCUACGAGCUGCAGGUGUGUGUGAAGGACUACUGCUUCGCCAGGGAAGACCGCACYGUGGGAAUGGCCGUGCUGCAGGUGAAGGACAUGGCAAACAAGGGCAGCGUCACCUGCUGGCUGCCGCUGGGACGACGGGUCCACAUGGACGAGACGGGCCUGACGGUGCUGCGCAUCCUCUCUCAGCGCAACAACGACGACGUGGCCAAAGAAUUCGUAAAGCUCAAGUCCGACCAGCGUUCAGCAGAAGAGGGCCGCAGCUGAGGUGGAGGAGAGCUACAACAAAAAAAAUAAUAACAAAAAAAACGUGUGCACAAAAACACCAGAAGCAUACCGGACAAGGCAUCGCGUUACGCACACGUAACACCCCGCGCCUACAUAGAAAACCACGUGCAAUAUACAAGCACACAUGUGAAACUGCUCUAUUGUACAUAUAUCUGCAUACAUUAUGCAACAUCUACAUUGUAAGGUUAUCAAUGCAAACACGGGGGAGUGAGUUUAUAUUGGAAAAAAAAAAACAGAUUUUAUUUAAUUUUGAAUAUUUCUGCAUCUGCACUAAGCUCUACGCUUGCCGUUACUUAAUCUCCCCAACACUCUUUCUGUUUCAUCACACCUUUUAUAUGCUGUACAAUUAGUUGUGAUGAAAAGCACCGCAGAACCGACAACUAAACUAUGUGAAUAGUUUGACCUACUUUGCACUUUCCUUCUCUGCAUCUUCAGGAGAGCCGUCCUCGUCAUUAACUCCGUCUCUCUGCCCGUCUAUUUGCUCGUGUGUCUGAUCGCAUCGUUCGCCAUCCAUCCCCCUCCUUCCGCGCCAUCCGUGCCGUUCGCUCUCCGCAGUCUUCCUAAAGUACGAUGUGGUAUGUGAGACGUUUCUGCCGAAUAAAUUCCCCCACCCCCACCCAAAAAAAAAAAGAGAACACAAAUCAGUGUCAAGGGGCGACGUGUUUCUUAGUCUUUACCAUAAUGUAUUAACGUCCUGCAUGUUGACCCCAGAAACACUGUGACUCACCUCUCUACAACCGCAGCCCGCCUCCCCCCGAUCCUCCGAUGGGCUAUCUGUUUUGAGCAUGGUGCAUAUAACCCUGAAACARCAAGGUUUUGACUAAUGCUCAUUGUUGCAGAGAGGACAGGGAAACGGUUCCGAGCCGGAGCUGUGAUGCGUCGAGUGAAGCAGAGGUUGUGGCCAGAAAGCGCUUCACGUUAAACGGAGCAAUACCCCAGCCCCCUUCGCCCCCGAGUGCACAUUAUCCCCCUCCUAAAAAAAAACAAAAAAGCAAAAAAGGGCUAUAAGAUCUGUGGACUGGAUUGUCAUUUUUACUAAAACAUACUAUCAGUGCUUCUUUUGGCCAACUGAACACAAGAUUCAUCUAAGCUGCAGAACCUUGCAUAAGUAUUUAUACACGUUGAACUUUUUAGUACUUUUUUUUAUUGACCUACAAUAUUUAAUGUAUUUUAUUACAAUUUGAUGCCACAGAUCAACACACGUUAGCGAAUAACUGUAAAACUGGAAAGMRAUGGAAAUKAGUUUUCUUUUCCUCCCACCUUACAAUUCUUGCAAACUUUUUUUUUGUUGGUCCAUCYUCCCGAUGAAUACCAAGGAGUUUGUGAAUGCAAAGWGACAAAAUGCAAACAUUUUCAAGAGGUUUAAAUAGUUUUGCAAGGCGCAGUAGCUGCAGCAGGAAGCUGCUUCAUAACUCCAUCCAAUAAGGCAAUACUAGUUUAUGUAUCCAUAAAAGCACGAGAGCAAACCCYCUGUUCACACUGCUGUGUCUUCUCUUCAUGUGAACGAGUACAUGCUUGUGUGUGAAAGCGUUAGCGUGUCUGUCCGGGCGGAUUGUCACUCCUACUAUAUGGGCUCUCUGAUAUGAUAGUGAGCAAUAUCUACACGCCCAAACUGUAUGCGCUGUCAAUAUUAGAAAACUACAAGAGCACCAAGGGCACUAUCCACAUCAAAGGAAUGGGAAACUUAUGAUCACAUCUUUUUUGUAAAUCACUGGGAUAUUUCCUGUACGGACUCAUAAACUCCCAUUCCUGAUGGAAGUGAAUAAUGKUUUUUUUUUUACAUAAUUGCCUAAGGAAAGUGUCUUGAUUUUGCAUUUUUCUUUAGGAACGGUAAAUCUCCAAGAACCAGAGCUCUUUAAAAAAAAAGAAAAAAAAAAAGAAUGAAGCCAUUAAAGUCACCGCCAAGCAUUUAUAAAGUUCAAGUAUUAUUUUAAGUCAUAAUGUUUGAUAAACCGUUACCUUUUCUUGCAAAAAAAACAAAACAAAAAAAAGCAGACACUCAUAGCCAUAAUCAAACUCGCCUUGCAGUCUCUUUGUAUCUCUAAAUGUCAGUGACAGUGACUAAAGCCACCCACACAUUGGCCUGUUACGUGUUGUCUUUACUUUGAGGCUAAACUCUACCAAAAAUAAAUCCUGUGAAUGUCACUUGUCCUCAGCAGAAGCGUUUUCUCUCUGCUCAUGUGAAAUCRAAAACCGUGACUWGCUUGGAGACACCGACUCAUGCCUUUGAUUUAAGCCAACCKAUUCCACUUGACUCAUAAGGAUACAAACACCCCACUGGGUUUCUCUGUGAGUCUUUGGCAACGCUUAAAGGAGAACUUCACUGAUUYUUACACAUCAAAAACCUUUCCUGAUUACCAUAUGAGAAAAUGUGCUUCAUUGUUGUGUGAAGCAACAUAGRCAUCCUAGUCUUUGGGAUUUUUAAAGCGAGGUGCUGAUAGUUUGCUGUGCAAAUCCAGAUUAUUUGGYYGCAGAGGCUAAAGCUAAUGGCUAAUCCAAGAGAGACUAAAACCGAAGCCUGCUUCUACUUUCUUGAAAUAACGUCGUACUGCCUUUAGCGAACAAUAUUUAUCGAACCUUAAAGCCUUUUUUAUUUCUUGAUUAGUUGUUUGCAACACAAGAAGUGGAGGUAACAGAAGAUUCACCAGGAAUCAUCUUCCMAUGUGAAACGUACCGAGAACUAAAUACUUGAUGUAAAGCAUUUCUAGUCAAAGUACCUGUUUGAUAUUCCCAUUUUUCCUAGGUUYCCAUGAUGCAUUGCAAGGAUUUUCUGACUGGUUCUCAGACCAUUGUUCUAACAUGGAAGCAAAUUUGUAGUCCAUAUUUCACAGAGCAAAUAUGGACUACAAAAAAAGUWGGAAAAUCAGCUUGUUCGCUUUAAAAUUGUAUAGUUUCAUUCUAAUUACCAGUUCCUCUUUUAAAGACCGGGGAGAAUGACAUGAAGCAGUGGAUUGUGCAAACAAUCAAACAGUUGGCAUGUUUAGUUAAAGAAUCAAGAAGUUUAGCAAAAAUGUAAGCUGGUGAAAAAAUAAAAAAUCCUCCUCACUGCCUACAAAUGGCUUCUGGUGGCUAACUGGACUUUGCAAACACAACCUCACAGCCAACAGGACAAAGGAGGAUUAAAGUAAAGCAUUAAAACAAAUCUGGCAUCUUCCAAUGUUUAAGUGAAUGCUAUUUCAUAGAUGUUUUACAUUGUUUUAUGYCUUYAUAUGUGUUUCACUCAGGAAGAUCCAUGGUGGUGCACUGCCUCCUACCUCCGUUUCCUGUUUGUUUCCCUUUGUAAAUAACUUCYCCAUCCAAAUGUGGUGACAGUUUAAAUGUUUGAGAAAUAGGAUACAUAAGUAUCUGCCACAUUUUGAGACUAUAGUUGUUUUAGAAAGGUAGAAGUUGCUUUAGAAAAGCUAUUCUUAUUGGAAUAGCCGUUAGCUUUCCUCUCCAUUUAUGCUACACAAUAAAACUAUCACUUAUUUACUGCAGUGACCUCUUACGUUUUAACACAACCUCACCUAAAAAAUUCUGAACCUUUACCGUGGAGUUGAUUUUUUUUUUUUUUUUUUUUUUACCUCAUCUUCCAGAAUUUCUAACAUUAGCCAGACUUAAUUGUUGACUAAAUCAUUGAUUUGUUGGUCAUGGGAGAGAGAGAAAAAAGAA